AUGGUCGACCCAAAGAGACACAUCAACAUCCUCUCAGAGGAGGAUCAGCUGUUCUUGAACGAGUGCGAAGAGGAGUUUAAGGAUCGCUUUUCGGAGGACGAUUCGGCCUUCGUGGCAUACUGUGCCCAACCGGCUAGGGCACCGCCGGUCUUGGAACCGUGGCAGAAUCGUAACUUUUAUGGAGACGGCGGAGGCGGACGGGGCCGAUUCAACGAUCGGGGUGGCCGCGGCGGUGGUGGACGGUUCAACCACCAUCACAAUCGCAACCGCGAUCAUCGAGAUCGACCGUAUCAGCCGCGUGGAGGGCGGUACAACAAUAAUAACCGGGGUGGGCGGGACAACAAUCGCUACAACUCGGUAGGUAGGAACUACUCGUAUUAA